AUGUCCUCGGACGGGGGUUUCUACCUGCCCGAGGGCACGCCCAAGCUCUCCCUAUCGGACCUCACAAAAUGGAAGGACCUUUCGUUUCGCGAUGUCGCCCUGGCAAUCUUUUCAAUCUUUAUUUCUCCGGUUGAGAUACCCGCGGAGCACCUCGGCCAGAUUGUCGACGCCAGCUUGGCGGGUUUCCCGAAUGCGUCAUUUGCGCCUGUGACCAGGGUUGACCAGCAUCAUGGACUGUACCUGGCGGAGCUUUACCACGGCCCGGGAGGUGUGCAUGAGGGGUUCGGACUGAAGGCCUUGGGUGCAUUCUUGGACUAUUUUCUCGAAAUGGAAAACGUGAGCCUAGUAGGCCAAGAAAAACAUCAUAUCACUGUCAUUGAUGGGGUGGCUGGAGACGUUGGUUUUGCGGCUAGCCAGGCGUUUCGGGGAAGACGAAACAUCUCGUUGGUGUCGCUUCAGCCGUCAUCUGAGACGCCGUCCACGGAUAUCUCUGAAAAUCCACAUACUUCGGGUACCAAUGUACAUGUCAUUGGUAUGAAGGCCUCAAGUCAAGAUACCAAGCAAAUUGCUUGGCAGUUGGCUCGAGAGAGCAAGCCGGGUUGCGUGCAAGAUCUUGAAACGCUGUUGUGCGGAAGCUGGCCUCGGACGCUUGCGGGAAUAGCGUCAUACUUCUUCGUUUAUUUUCAAAUUGCAAGAACAGUACCUUCGUUCAAGUUUGGGUUGGACAAGGUCAGCUUCGGCAUACCUACCACCGACUGGGACAUAAUAGCAGCAUUCGUUGCGCGAAGGAUGGGCUUGCCGGUGGAGAGGAUUAUAGUUGCAACCUCGCAACCCGAUGGUCCUCUAGACAGGCUCUGGGCGACUGGACGGUACGAGUCGGACUCGGGGGCGGGCAACAACAGCAACAACAACAACGCACUGUCGAUGACGACGACUCGGAAAAGCGGACCUCUAGCUACGAACGACGAAGUUUCACCUCCGGGACAACACGCAGUCCAAACGGAGCCCGAAUUCCUCGUCAGUGGUCACGUCGAGCGGCUGUUCUGGUUCCUCGCCUACGACUUCGUCACGAUGGCCGGGCACGACAUCAUGGACGCGGAGUGGGAUAGGCGGCAGGCUGGCGGGGAGAUCCAGACGUGGCUGCGCAAACUGCGCUCCAAGGGCGGCUUUGGCCCUGUCUACCAAGACGUGCUGGAGAGCGGCAGACGCUGCUUCGGCUGCGAGCGCACAGGGCGCCCGCAGGUUCAAGGCACCGUCGCCGAGGUGUAUCAAGGUUGCGGGGGCCUGGUCGUCGACCUCGGCGCCGCGGCAGCCAUCAAGGCGUCCAUAAAAUCCAUCAAGGUCGAGAAGAUGGCCGGGCCUCGCUCUCAGGCUACGGUCCACGUGGUGUUGGGGCUGGCCGAUCCGGCCCUCAAGGUUGAGGAGCUCGAGGAAACACUGGGCGGCCUGGCCAGGACGCAGGGCGUUUCGACGUGUCUGCAAAAGGUACUGAAUAGGAGCAGGGAGCUGGAAGAGAGGCGUGCCGCGGGGCGGAUAGACAUGCAUGUUGUCGCUGAGAACUUGGAUGAGGUGAAGGCGGCGGUUGAAGCGAUCACUUGGGCAGCUCUUGAGAGGGCUGGGUAA